CCCUCAAGAGCUAGGCCUUCAAGAAGAAGAAAUAACUUUAUGCAGAACUCUCUGGUGGCCAUUAAUACGGUGCGGUCACAUCCGUCCCCCAGGGUCUGAAAGGCUUCCUGCAGCUGUGUAUUGGCUCAUGCUUGCGUUCCUUCAGAUGACUGAGAACAUGUUCCAGGAGGGGUUGUAUCAGGUGUUUUUUAAGGAGCGACCUUUGUCUCCUUCACAAACGGUCGUUUCCCUUCCUCGGGGGCUAAAAGAGGCCCACAUGGUCCGCUGGUUUGGCACUGUUGUCAACACGCGCCUCCUAAUUACAGGGGUGCUACAAGUGCUUGGGUCACUGGCAUCUAUUCUCACCACAGUUUCAUUCAUAUGCAUGGACUUGGGCUGUGCUGUUUAUAUGACAGCUCCUGUCUGGGCAGGCGUCUUUUAUGUAGCCACUGGGGGGCUUACCAUUCAUGUUCAGAGGAAACCAAACAAGGUCAAAGUAAUUGCUCUUAUGGGACUGAACAUCUUCUGCUUCGUACUGGGAGCCACCUCUCUUCUCACAUACAGCUUGCACAUAGCCACAGAGCCCAGCUCACUGAGCAAAGAACAGAGGGUGGGUGCAUAUGUGGCAAAGGGAAGCUCCAUCUUCUUUAUGUCCCAGUGCAUGCUGGCUUCUCUCUACACCCUCUUCCUCGUCUGGAGAGGUCUCAGCCGAUAUAGCCCCCCCUACAGACAGGCAUAUAGUCCCAUUUCACAGGACAAUUGUGAAUGCACAGAGCUCUUGAUGGAGAGCGAAGAGCAGGACCUAUGAGCAAACAAGACUGCCGGCACCCGACCGCCAUCUGCUCAUUUCGGAAAUGGGACGUUACCAAAGGGGACAAUUCGUGUUUCAGGACUGUAAGGUUGUUUGCGACAGUCACACGUCUGGACUGCGCUCACCUGAGGAGGGCUGAUCUACUCUGGCCGCGGUGGUGACACGUGUCCGCGAGUCUCCUGAGGCCUGUUUUCUACUUUCAUUUGAUGUCAUGCCAAUGCAAGCCAUCUAAAACAUGAGAUGACAUGUUUUGGGGAACUUUCCGAAGAAAGGAACUGAUUUGUGACUUUUUAUGGCAUAAAACUGAUUUGCGGCAUAUUGUAAUUUUGCAUAAUUAAAAAAAAUACAUUUUCUAUGCCAUAAUCUAAAAUGCAUUAACCAGCACUUAUUAACAGAAUUCUGUAUUUUCUGACAAAUGUCAGCAAUAUACUGUUAUACACAGCUAGUGCAGUUACCUCAUACCACUGUUGACCAGGGUUCGAGUCUCUGCCCUGGUACUACAUGUAGGGAGCUUGCAUAAUGUGUGUUGCUUGCAUUGGGUUCUCGAGUUUCCUCCCACAGUCCAAAAACAUACUAAGGUGAACGGGAGUUGCAAAAUUGUGUGUGUGUGGAUUAAGUUAAUAUUAUAUUGUAGGGACCAAAUGCCCCCCCCCCCCCAAAGUAAUAAAAACCUGUUUUUGUGAUGUUGUGGGGGCCACAAAGAUCUAUGAAUGCAAUCAAAAAAAGUAAAAAUGCAGAAGUCUCAUAUUUUGUUUGAUUACUUAUGAUUAAGAUUAGGGCUGGGUAGGGUCAAGGUCGUCAUGUUGUGAUUAUGGGUUUCCCCCUAGAAAUUAAUGAAGAGUCCCCACAAAGGUAUAAUUAUAAACCGUUUAUGUGUGUUUAAGUGUGUAUGCGAUUCCCUUACAUCGAUAUACCUCUCCCACUGCCAGCAUGUUACUUGCCUAUAUUUGUUUUCUUUUUUCCUUUUUUAUUUCCUUCCUCCCCUUUUCAUCAGUGCCAUUUACAGGGAUCCUGGUCACACUGGCAAUAUGUGUUUUUGUGAUUGUUCGAAUAAUAUUAUUGAUUUGAUUGUUUAACAAUUCUUCAUUGUCUAGUUACUUUGCUUAUUUGAGAUGACCACUCUGACUACAAUUGUUCUUGUUGCUGCCUUGCUGAUUGAUAAUUUAAUCCCAAAGGUUUGGAGGUAGCCAGUGCACACACCUACCCACACCAGGUUAGAGCGAGAGUCCCAACUCAUGUGUUUUAGAGACUGAGUCCAACAUCAUUAAUACCAGUCCCCCGGCCCACGCCCCCUCUUCACAGUCCCGCCCCCUGGAAUAUGCUACCAGUUCAGAGACAGUAGCUUUCCACAAGCCAUCAGAUGACUAAACAACCAGUGAUCUUCACCUCUCCAUCCCACAGCCAUUAAAUUGCCCAGUCCUCUUUUGUCAGAAUACCUGUUACACUAAUCCAGCAUUUCAUAAUGUGUUAUUGUCAAUGUUCAUAUCUGGCAAAGCUACUUCAUUUUCAUAUUAUUUAUUAUUUGGUAUCAUGUAUUUUUAUUGUUAUAUUGCAGAUAUGUUUAGUCUUGCAUUGUAUUGUCCAGCAUUGCACUGCUCUUUGGCCAACCUGCCAUGCACCAUUCACCAACCCCUACAACGGUGGCACAGGAACUUCACUGUGUUCCCUAAAUACAUGUGACAAUUACAACUCGAAUCUUGAAACCUAAGAACUAAUAUGAGAAACGGGAUUGACUGAUGAAGUAAAGCAGGUUACAGGCAAUU